CUCCGCGGCGCGGCCAAUGGGGCGAGGGGGCGGGGAGGAGCGGCGGGGCUGCACGCGCCGCCCCCGCCCUCCGCGGCGAAACUCGGCGGGAGCGCCGCGGGGAGUUAGACGGCGCCCGCGCCCCGCACCGCACCGCCCGCGGCCGGCCGGAGGGGAUGAGCGGCGGGCACCGCGCUCCGGCACCUUCCCGCGCCGCCCCCGCGGGCACCUGGCGCCGCCGCCCGCUCGCCCAGGGCCGCCCCAGCGCCGCGCUGAGCCCUCCCCGGCGCCCGUGCGCCGGGCGGUGACCGGCUGCGCCGCGCUCGGCUCCGCGCUCGGGCCGCCCCGCUCCCGCUGCCGCUCCCGCUGCCGCUGCCGCUGCCGGCCGGACGCAGCGCCGCGCUCUGCGCGGGGAGAGGCAGCGCCGCUCCCCGCCCGCUGCCGGACGGCACCCCGCUUCGGGUCCUUUUUAGGACUUCUUUUUUUAACUAAAACGCACAGGUUUUAUUUUUUUUUUAACUUCCCCCUCAUUUGAAUUUUUAUUUCCACGCUAGGCUACCCGCCCCCUUCCCUACUCCGCGUUUCCUUUGCGGACCCGCUCUUGCCUUUGCUUGACUCCGCAGCGGCAGCGUGGGCAUCAUGUCCUUCAACCCCACCAUCAUGCCACCUGCGAACAGCUCCGCCAACGGGACCGCCGGUGGGGCCGAGGGCGGGAAGCCCCCCACCAUCCCCACCAUUAUGUUCAUCUUCGGCGUGGUGGGCAACCUCAUAGCUAUCGUGGUGCUCUGCAAGUCCAGGAAGGAGCAGAAGGAGACCACUUUCUACACGCUGGUGUGCGGGCUGGCGGUCACCGAUCUCUUGGGGACUUGCCUGGUGAGUCCGGUCACUAUUGCCACUUACCUGCAGAACCGCUGGCCAGGAGGACCGGCGCUGUGUGAGUACAGCUCCUUCAUCCUCCUCUUCUUUGGACUCUCUGGCCUCAGCAUUAUCUGUGCCAUGUCUAUAGAAAGGUACCUGGCCAUCAACCAUGCCUAUUUCUACAACCAUUAUGUAGACAAGAAGCUGGCAGGGCUCACACUGUUUGCCAUCUAUGCUUCCAACGUGCUGUUCUGCGCCCUCCCCAGCAUGGGGCUCGGCAAAUCUACCUUGCAGUACCCUUACACCUGGUGCUUCAUAGACUGGCGAGCGAAGGAGGCCACCCAUGCAGCAUAUUCCUACAUGUAUGCUGGCUUCAGCUCCUUCCUUAUCAUGGUCACCGUGAUCUGCAACAUCCUGGUGUGUGUAGCCCUCAUUCGUAUGCACCGCCAGUUCAUGCGACGCACAUCCUUGGGGACAGACACCACCUCCAGCCGUUUAUCUGACUUUCGCAGACGCCGGAGCUUCCGCCGAAUGGCUGGAGCAGAGAUCCAGAUGGUUAUUCUUCUCAUUGCCACUUCCCUGGUGGUGGUCAUCUGCUCCAUUCCUCUGGUGGUCCGUGUCUUUGUGAACCAGCUGUACCAGCCGGAAUCGGUGAAGGAUGUGGGGCAGAACCCUGACCUGCAAGCCAUCCGCAUUGCCUCGGUGAAUCCCAUUUUGGACCCAUGGGUCUACAUCCUCCUUCGCAAGACUGUGCUCAGCAAAGCCAUCGAGAAGAUCAAAUGCCUCUUCUGCCGCAUCGGAGGGGCUCGAAGGCAGCACUCAGGGGGCAAUUUCAACUGCGUGGACGGCCGCAGGACCUCCUCUGCCAUGUCAAGCCAGUCACCCUCCUUCAUCUCCCGUGAGCUGCGGGAGAUCAGCAGCACCUCUCAAACGCUGCUCUAUCCUCCCGAGUUAAGCGAAAGCAGCAUCAAGGGCCGUGUGCUGCUUCCAGGCCCCAGUGCCAGCUUGGCUCAGUCCGACACCACCUCCGUAAGGACACUGCGCAGCUCGGAGACUUCAGACUCUUCGCAGGGGCAGGACUCUGAGAACGUCUUCCUGGUGAAUGAAAUCAGGUCUGGUGGCGGGACCAGCUCUGCAUCCAAGGGCAGCCCUCUGCAGGUCACCUUUCCCACAGAGACACUGAAUUUGUCAGAGAAGUGUAUAUAGAUGGCCAUGAAAGGCAUCAACCCUGGGGAUACUUCCUGGUACAUUGGAAAAACUGGUGCAAUAGAUAGGUGUUCUGCCUAUUCAAGGGGAGAGGGGUUCAGCUGUGCUCCAAAGGGCUAUUUUUCUCUUGCCAUGUGAUGGGUACGUUUCUUUUAAGACUACUGAGGACUGUGUGGAACCGACGCUGCACUGGGGCCCUGCCAUCAGAAACGGUAUGAGGAAAGUCUAGUGGGGCUGGGAACAUAAAUUGCUUUGUCUUGUUCUGGGACACAGGAGAGCUCCUUGGCCUCUGGAAAUAGAAAGACCCAUCACUUUCUUUUUUUCUUUCUUUCCCUUCCCAAAUCUGGUAGAACUGUGUUUUCUCUUCCCAUGGUUGCUCAGCUAUCAAGAGUUUAAGCUUCUGGUACUAAAGCUGAACGUGAGGCAGCUGCUAGGAACUGGACAUAGCUACUCUGAGAGCUGCCUGGGGCAGGAUUUUAAAGUGUCUCACUAAAGCAUGAAAAUGUGAAUUUUUACCGUUGUAUAUAUAUCAGGAUUGAAAGUAUUUAAAAGUCUAUUCUUCUCUAUGAGAAGGUCUUUUAUUAAUACAAGGUAUAUAGAAACAAUUGCCAGCCUUCUCCUCCCCUAGUAUUGCCUGCUGAUAAGACGUUCUUGGUUCAGAUUUGUUCAUGCUAGAGUCACAGCUGAUGAGGUAAUUCUCUAGCCGAGCAUACAUAAGCACUUUCUGAGUGAAAUGGGAAUAUAUGCGCUAUUAAAACAGAAAAAGAAAACACAUCCUUUCAGUUCAGAAUAUUACUUUUCAGUAUAUGUACAUAUUAAAAAAGCCAGAUUUUAUUUAUGUGCUGAGAAUGUUUCUCUGUAUAACACAUCUGCGCCUCUCCGAGUACUUUGGCCCACAGUCUGCACACACUUAGGCACACAUUUAACAUCGCCCAUCAGAGUAGUCCCUUUGCUGCCUCCUUACAUGUAAAGUUAAGGAUGUAUAGAAGUGCUUUCAGUAUCGGGGCCUAAAACUUUCAACCCCUGAUUAAUAGUCUUAAUAUUCACUUUAGUUAAAGCAUCACUGGUGUAAUAAAGGUAUUUUUGCAUAACAUUUAUCAUUUUACUUUAAAUAGUAAAUAGAAUUUUAUGACUGUGUAGUCUGAUACUCCAUCAAAUAAAUGUACAAAACCACGGAAGCAGAAUCUUCAUUUAAAAGUAUAGGUUAUACAGAACCAUAUCCUGGCCUUAAACCCCUUGAAAAUCAUUUGUUCCUAGAGUUUUAGUGGCACACACAUGACCAAAACCAGCUGUUAACCACUAACGAAAAGGAGUUUGGUGUUUUAUGUUGUAAGGGUUAGAUCCUGUUCCAGAAACACUGUUUAUCGAAAUAAUUCUAUACAGAUAUUUGGAGGAUGUUUUGUCAAAUACUGUUAUGCUGCUUAAAGUGUUUUCAUGUGAAUGCUUUAUUGUAAUGAAAAUUGAGCCUUAUGUUGAUAUGUUUAAGCAGUUGUACUGACCAAAGUAAUUCUGGAGAUCACAAUUAAAUGGAAAUGUUCUGCUUGA